UGAACAAACUCCUUUAAGAAUGUCAUCUCCGUAAAUAAGUUUUAUAAUCUACAAAUUCAAAUUUAAUCGAGCUUUAAUACAAAUAUCAAAAGUUGAAUUUUUAAAAUAACCACACAAAAUAAUCCCUUUGCACCCACGGUUCCAUCAAAGGCCAACAAAUAAAACCAUAUACCACCACAUCCACUUCUUUAUCCACUCUUCUACUUUCUUCAAGAAAACAACAUUGGUGACACCAAACAAAAAAAAAAGAUUCUUGUUUUUGAGUAAAUUUGAACAAAAAUGGCAACAAUAACAGUAGUUGGUAGUCACAGGAUAUUCUCAGUGACCAAAAGAGCUGCUUUACCAAAGUUGAAACUGAGCUCAGAGUUGAGUUUUAUGACAUCCCAAUUGAGUGGUCUCAAGAUUUCAACCACCCAUUUGAGCUCUCCUGCUAAACUUUCUGUGCCUUCCAAGAAACCCCUUCAACCUGUUGCUCGUAGAGUUUGCCCCUUCACUGGCAAGAAGUCUAACAGGGCAAACAAGGUCUCUCAUUCAAACCACAAAACGAAAAAGCUGCAAUUCGUAAACCUUCAGUACAAGAGAAUUUGGUGGGAGGCAGGGAAGCGAUACGUGAAACUGAGGUUGUCAACAAAGGCCAUAAAGACCAUUGAGAAAAAUGGACUUGAUGCUGUAGCCAAGAAAGCUGGAAUUGAUCUCAGCAAGAAGUAGAACCUGGACACAUGAUGUAGCAUAUUUGUUUGCACACUAAUUUUGAUGCCCUCAAAAACCAAUACUUUGAUAUUCUUUGGCAUUGCUUGUUCAGUUAUGAUUAUAUGUGCUUUCAAUGCUAUUACUUUCCACAAA